UUCAUUUUUAUUUUCUCUCUCUCACGCUGUGCCGCCACCAUUGUUUUAUGCGCUUCUUCUUCUUCUUCUUCUUCCUCUUCUGGCUCGGCUCGUAGGGUUUCUAGGGUUGGCCGGAGGCGAAUUUCCGAGCUGGAUUCUCUGUCGUUCCUCAGGCGAAUCUCCAUGCGCCGCUGGUUUAGCGGCUUCGUUGAUUAGAGCACUCACCUCUGUAACAAAAACGAACCUCCACUUCUUCCUCUUCGUGUCUCGAUCUCAAUAGGACUCUAGGUUUUCCGGCGGCGGAUGGUUUUUCGAUUACGGCGGAGGUGUUGAUUCUGAGUGCUAUGUGUGUUCUUGAAGGGGUUUUGGUGAUUUGAAUGGCAUUGGGGGAUUUAAUGGCCUCCCGGUUUUCGCAAUCCUCGGCGGCGGUUGUCUCCAACCACUUCGACGACUGCGAUUCUAGCCACAACGACGGCGAUUUGAGAAGAGACUCGGAGACUGCGAGUAGUAGCUAUGAGAAUGCCACCGGUGGUACGGGGACGACGACGACGAGCAUGGCGUACUUGCCCCAGACUAUUGUGCUGUGUGAGCUCCGGCACGACUCGUUCGAGGCCCGAGUGCCUACUGGUCCUUCUGAUAGCGGUUUGGUUUCGAAAUGGCGGCCCAAAGAUCGAAUGAAGACAGGAUGCGUAGCUCUAGUAUUAUGUUUAAACAUUAGCGUUGAUCCGCCCGAUGUAAUUAAGAUAUCUCCCUGUGCCAGAAUGGAGUGCUGGAUAGAUCCAUUUUCUAUGGCUCCAACAAAAGCUCUUGAAACAAUUGGUAAAACCUUGAGUACACAGUAUGAAAGAUGGCAACCAAGGGCUAAAUACAGGGUCCAGCUUGAUCCUACUGUUGAGGAAAUCAAGAAGCUUUGUAGUACAUGCCGCAAAUAUGCCAAGUCUGAGAGAGUACUUUUUCAUUAUAAUGGUCAUGGGGUUCCCAAGCCAACUGCUAAUGGUGAAAUUUGGCUAUUUAAUAAGAGUUAUACACAGUAUAUCCCCUUGCCAAUUAGUGACCUUGAUUCCUGGCUAAAGACACCUUCAAUCUAUGUCUUUGACUGUUCUGCUGCUGGCAUGAUCAUCAAUUCAUUCAAUGAGCUUCAUGAUUGGGCUGGCUCUAGCUCUGGAUCUCCAAGAGAUUGUAUCCUGCUUGCUGCUUGUGAAGCACAUGAGACUCUUCCACAGAGUGCUGAAUUUCCUGCUGAUGUCUUUACUUCGUGCCUCACAACUCCCAUCAAGAUGGCUCUAAGAUGGUUCUGUACACGAUCCCUACUGCAUGAGUCUCUUGAUUAUUCACUGAUAGAUAAAAUUCCUGGCCGUCAAAAUGAUCGGAAAACCCUUUUGGGUGAACUGAACUGGAUUUUUACUGCUGUCACUGACACAAUUGCUUGGAAUGUUCUUCCUCAUGAUCUUUUCCAGAGACUAUUCAGACAAGAUUUGCUAGUUGCCAGCCUGUUUCGAAACUUUUUACUUGCCGAGCGGAUUAUGCGGUCUGCAAAUUGCUCUCCGAUCUCUCAUCCACAGCUGCCUUCUACUCAUCAGCACCACAUGUGGGACGCAUGGGACAUGGCUGCUGAGAUAUGUCUUUCUCAGCUUCCAUUGUUGGUUGAGGAUCCUAAUGCUGAGUUUCAGCCAAGUCCAUUUUUCACCGAGCAGUUGACUGCUUUUGAGGUAUGGCUGGACCACGGGUCUGAACUUAAGAAACCGCCGGAGCAGUUGCCUAUUGUUCUUCAGGUUUUACUUAGUCAAUGCCAUCGGUUUCGAGCUCUAGUUCUCCUCGGAAGAUUCCUUGAUAUGGGACCCUGGGCUGUAGAUCUGGCAUUGUCUGUUGGAAUAUUUCCAUAUGUAUUGAAGCUGUUGCAAACGAUGACACCCGAACUACGUCAGAUUCUUGUAUUCAUCUGGACAAAAAUUCUUGCACUUGACAAGUCAUGCCAGGUGGAUCUAGUGAAGGAUGGGGGUCAUACAUAUUUCAUCAGGUUUCUUGACAGCAUGGAAGCAUACCCAGAGCAGCGUGCAAUGGCUGCUUUCGUUUUGGCUGUAAUAGUUGAUGGCCAUAGACGUGGCCAGGAAGCUUGUAUCGAAGCAGGUUUAAUCCAUGUUUGUUUGAAGCACCUUCAGGGCCCAACACCAAAUGACACCCAAACUGAACCCCUAUUUCUUCAGUGGCUUUGCCUUUGUCUUGGGAAACUAUGGGAGGAUUUCACAGAGGCCCAAAUAUUUGGUUUGCAGGCAGAUGCUCCUGCAAUAUGUGCUCCUCUACUUUCUGAGCCCCAACCAGAGGUUAGGGCUUCUGCUGUUUUCGCAUUGGGCACCCUGCUUGAUGUGGGUUCAGGAUCAAGUAGGGAUGGCAAUGGUGGAGAUGAUGAAUAUGAUGAGGAUGAAAGGAUCAGGGCUGAAAUUAGUAUCAUUGGAAGCCUAUUAACUGUUGUUUCAGAUGGGAGUCCUCUUGUUAGAGCAGAAGUUGCUGUUGCUCUAGGACGCUUUGCCUUUGGACACAACAAGCACCUGAAGUCAAUUGCUGCUGCAUACUGGAAACCACAGUCUAAUUCUCUUGUGACUUCAUUUCCUGCUAUGGUAACUAUUAAAGGUCCUGGUAGUGCUUCAUCUCAGAUUGGUCCACUUUUGAGAGUUGGCAAUGACAGCUCAUCGGUUCGGGAUGGAAGAGUUUCUACCAGCAGUCCCCUGGCAAGUUCUGGAAUUAUGCAUGGAUCGCCAUUGUCUGACGAUUUAUCUCAUCAUUCUGAUUCUGGAAUAUUAGAUGAUGGUGGGAGCAAUGGUAUUGUUAACCAUUUGACACCCAAACCCCUGGACAAUGCAAUGUAUUCUCAGUGUGUAGUAGCUAUGUGUACCUUGGCAAAAGAUCCAUCUCCACGAAUUGCAAAACUUGGUCGCCGUGUAUUAGCUAUUAUAGGGAUUGAACAAGUGGUGGCAAAACCUGUAAAGUCCACUGGUAUCAGUGUUCGACCUGGUGAUUCCAUUACAGCGUCUCCAAUUGGAUUGGCUCGAUCAUCUUCAUGGUUUGAUAUGAAUGGAGGUCAUUUGCCUUUCCGAACUCCACCUGUCAGUCCUCCUAGGCAAAAUUACUUAACUGGAAUGCGGAGAGUUUGCUCCCUAGAAUUUAGGCCUCAUCUAAUGAGUCCAGAUUCAGGAUUAGCUGAUCCUCUUUUAGGCUCUGGGGGAACUUCUGGUGCCUCAGAACGAAGUUUUCUUCCUCAAUCAACAAUCUACAAUUGGAGUUGUGGUCACUUCUCCAAACCACUUCUUAUAGUGGCAGAUGACAGUAAAGAAAUUUUAACUAGAAGAGAGGAAAGAGAAAACUUUGCCAUGGAGCACAUAGCUAAAUGCCGGCACUCAUCUAUUAGCAAGCUUAAUAACCAAAUUGCAAGCUGGGACACAAGAUUUGAAACGGGCACGAAAACCAUCUUACUGGAACCAUUCUCUCCUAUUGUAAUUGCGGCUGAUGAGAAUGAAAGAAUCAGGGUAUGGAAUUACCAAGAAGCCAAGGAGGCUAUCCUUCUGAACAGCUUUGAUAACCACGAUUUUCCAGACAAAGGAAUCUCCAAGCUUUGCUUUGUGAAUGAACUUGACGACAGUUUGCUUCUUGCUGCUUCAAGCGAUGGAAACGUUCGGAUUUGGAAAGAUUAUACUUUGAAGGGUAAACAGAAGCUUGUUACAGCAUUUUCUUCAAUUCAAGGACAUAAACCUGGUGUGCGAAGUCUGAAUGCUGUUGUGGAUUGGCAGCAGCAAUCUGGAUAUUUGUAUGCCUCUGGUGAGCUAUCCUCCAUCAUGCUUUGGGAUCUUGAGAAGGAGCAGCUUGUUAAUUCUAUUUAUUCUCAAUCAGAUUGUAGCAUUUCAGCAUUGGCUGCAUCUCAAGUUCAUGGAAGUCAAUUUGCAGCUGGUUUUGUUGAUGGUUCUGUUAGGCUUUAUGAUGUGCGAACUCCUGAAAUGCUUGUCUGUGAUAUGCGGCCGCACCCUCAAAAGCUAGAAAGAGUUGUAGGAAACGCGCAGAAGAUGGAAAGAGGAGGUGUAGGGAACACUCAGCAGGCAGAAAGAGUUGUGGGGAUUGGCUUUCAACCGGGGCUUGAUCCUUCUAAGAUUGUAAGUGCAUGUCAGGCUGGUGACAUUCAAUUCCUUGAUAUCAGAAAUAGUAGAGAUCCCUACAUUACAAUCAUAGCUCACAGGGGUUCACUCACAGCAUUAGCUGUUCAUAGACAUGCUCCGCUCAUUGCCAGUGGCUCAGCCAAGCAGCGCAUAAAAGUCUUUAGCUUGGAGGGUGAACAAUUAGGCACCAUUAGAUACUACCCUUCGUUUAUGGCCCAAAAAAUUGGUCCAGUUAGUUGCCUAGCCUUCCAUCCGUAUGAAGUACUGCUUGCUGCUGGUGCUGCAGAUGCUUGCGCGUCAAUCUAUGCCGAUGACAAUUCCCAAGGUAGAUGAAAAUGCAGAUUCUUUUAUGAUUGGUUGGAUAAGCCUUUUGUAUUGGAAGGCAGUGCAAAUAGAUGGAGCCUCAAUCGCAAGUUUGCUGUUGAGGAUUACGGUGCUAUUGAGGAUUACUUGGUGCAUCUGGACCAUUGUGUGAUACGUUCCACUGCGCUAACUUUGCUAUUGAUGGGUCUGGAAGUUCUGGAAAGUAUAGGUAGGGUGCGCUCUACCAUGUGUAUGCUAUAAUAUUCAUUAGCCUCCGGUGUUGAAGGUCACAUUUGUAGGAAUCAAUUCCUGCUUGUAUAUUGGGGGCUCUGGAAAAUAAUAUGUUAUAUAGGUAAAUGUGUGUAAAUAUCCUUUUAAUGUUUUAGAUCCCUCAUUUUCGUGUGCAAUUUUUCUUCUUCUCCAAUUUGUAAAUGAUAAAGUGAUUUGAGGUUCA